GGGAAAAGGAGGAGCUCGGUGGUGAUGCAAUAGGAGAGCUGGGCCAAGAGCUGCCCUGUCUGAGCCCAGAGCGCUGGGACGCUGCUCCCGGAGGGAAAUGUCCCGUGGGGAGAGUGGGAGAGAGAGCAGGACUGGGAGUGAGAACAGGAUUGGGAAGGAUGUCUCUGGGGAGCCCGGGGGACUCGGGGGGGUGGUCAGCACCAUCUCCAGCAGCAGGAGCCCCCUGCAGCCCCCCGAGGACACCGAGGAGGAGCCCUUCACCACCUACUUCGACAGCAAGAUCCCAAUCCCCGAGGAUGAGACGCAUUCCUGCUUCAGCUUCCGCAAGCUGUGGGCGUUCACGGGCCCCGGGUUCCUGAUGAGCAUCGCUUACCUGGACCCCGGGAACAUCGAGUCCGACCUGCAGUCCGGGGCCGUCGCCGGCUUCAAGCUCCUGUGGGUGCUGCUGCUGGCCACGGUCAUCGGGCUGCUGCUGCAGCGCCUGGCGGCGCGGCUGGGGGUGGUCACGGGGCUGCACCUGGCUGAGGUCUGCCACCGCCAGUACCACAAGUUCCCUCGGAUCAUCCUGUGGCUGAUGGUGGAACUCGCCAUCAUCGGCUCGGACAUGCAGGAGGUCAUCGGCUCGGCCAUCGCCAUCAACCUGCUCUCUGUGGGCAAGAUCCCGCUCUGGGGGGGGGUGCUCAUCACCAUUGCUGACACCUUUGUCUUCCUCUUCCUCGACAAAUAUGGCCUGCGGAAGCUGGAGGCGUUUUUUGGGUUCCUGAUCACCAUCAUGGCACUGACCUUUGGAUACGAGUACAUCACGGUGAAGCCCAACCAGGAGAAGGUGCUGCAGGGGCUGUUCAUCCCCUACUGCAAGGACUGUGGGACGCCCCAGCUGGAGCAGGCCGUGGGCAUCGUGGGCGCUGUCAUCAUGCCCCACAACAUGUACCUGCACUCUGCCCUGGUCAAGUCCAGGCAGGUGGAUCGCUCGAACAAGCGGCAGGUGCGAGAUGCCAACAAGUAUUUCUUCAUCGAGUCGUGCAUCGCGCUCUUCGUGUCCUUCAUCAUCAACAUCUUCGUGGUCGCCGUCUUCGCUGAGGCCUUUUUCAACAAGACCAACGCGGACGUGAACCAGGUCUGUGUCAACUCCAGCAGCCCCCACUCCUCGCUCUUCCCCAACAACAACGAGACACUGGAGGUGGACAUAUACAAGGGGGGCGUUGUUUUGGGGUGUUACUUCGGCCCUGCCGCUCUCUACAUCUGGGCCAUCGGGAUCCUGGCGGCCGGGCAGAGCUCCACCAUGACGGGCACCUACUCGGGCCAGUUCGUCAUGGAGGGGUUCCUGAACCUGCGCUGGUCCCGCUUUGCCCGGGUGCUGCUCACGCGCUCCAUCGCCGUCACCCCCACCCUCUUCGUCGCCAUCUUCCAGGACGUCGAGCACCUGACGGGCAUGAACGACUUCCUCAACGUCCUCAUGAGCCUCCAGCUCCCCUUUGCACUGAUCCCAGUGCUCACCUUCACCAGCCUGCCCACUGUGAUGCACGACUUCGCCAAUGGCCUGUUCUGGAAGGUGGCCGGGGGCCUCCUGAUCCUCCUCAUCUGCAGCAUCAACAUGUACUUCGUGGUGGCCUACGUGAGGGACCUCCACAACCUGGGCCUGUACAUCGGGGCCGCCGUGCUCAGUGUCAUCUACCUGUCCUUCGUGGCCUACCUG